AUGACUAUACAAACCGACUUCUACCAAGUAUCAGGCUUUCGGGCCCAUUCGAAUGGAUGGUUUAAACAAUACGACGACAAACCCAUGAUCCGUGCGCUCGCGUCUGAACGCUCCAAAUAUUUUAGACCUGGAGGUUCGGAUGCGCCCCUUGAACUAGUCUUAGGCAUAUUGCCUUCUGGCGCCUCCUACGUCUUGCUUUCCACGGAGCAAAUGCAUUCGUUUACCCAAAAACACAGGCUGAGCAUACCGAGGAGGUCCUGGCGAUCAUCCGAUUUCCUCUCGUUGUCUCCUAUCUAUUUUCGUACAGAAGCAGAGUUGUCGUCGAAGCUGGUCACGUACAAACAAAGACCGAGAAACAAGAAUCGGCGAGAGACAGAGGAACCCAAAGACAAUAGCCAAGCCAAUCGCGGCUACGUCGCUGGGCCGAUCUCAGUGCACUACCGUGCUUAUGUCGAGCAACAGCGGUAUGAUAAAUUACGUUCGCAAUUAGAUCGUAUUCGGUGGUUACAUUAUUUUUUCUGUAGCAUGCUUUACCACCUCUUGGCCAAACUGAUUAUGCCAGAGAAGUUCGCUCUAUCACCACCAACUUGGUUGGCAGGCGUGCGAGUUAUCUCGAUUGUCUUCGUGCAAUGGUCUGUCGACAAACGGCGCAGAGACGAGCGUUUGCAGAAUCCGAACUUGAUUGAGGUGGGUAUCACGGAUGCCCAUUUCCCCAGUUUCUUUGAUACUCUUACGGGGACCACACUGCAUCUCAAAUUGAAACAAGCAGCAAAGAAUCCGCACUCCAAGUUGCCAAAUCAUUCGAAAGUAGAGGAGAUUACCAAACCUGAAUUACCUCAGAGAUUGCGCACUCUGUUCGACCACGAUGCGCAGAAGAGCGGAAUGCCGUUGAUCGUGCUGUGUCACGAUGAAGAGAUGACUCGAAGCAUUUUGGGUCGUGCUGGCAUUGAUAUUGAUUCCUUUGAGUCAGGCCUGUCCGGUUUACUUCCUCUCAAUCCCACUGGGGACAAGGUGUGUCCAUAA